GUGCGCGCGGUUAUUUAUUUCCGGGCCCAAAGCGCUUAUAAUGGAGCCGCUGUCAGCAGAGCCUCCCGCCGCUGCCGCCGCCGCCGCCGCCGCCGCUGCUGUCCCUCCUCUUUUUUUUCCCGGCAGAUCUUUGUUGUGUGGGAGGGCAGCAGGGAUGGACUUGAGCUUGAGGAUCUCCUGCUAGAGCAGCCGCGCUUGGAGAGAGGGCGCCGCAGCCGCGAGGAGGAGCCGCCGCCGCCGCCGCCGCCCCGAGGCCCCUCCGGACCCGGCCUCCGCGUCCUCCCGCGCCCCCGCCCGGCCCGCGCCUCCCGGCACAGUCCCCUCGCGGCGGCAGAUGUGUGUGGGGUCAGCCCACGGCGGGGACUAUGGUGAAAUUCCCGGCGCUCACGCACUACUGGCCCCUGAUCCGGUUCCUGGUGCCCCUGGGUAUCACCAACAUAGCCAUCGACUUCGGGGAGCAGGCCUUGAACCGGGGGAUCGCUGCUGUCAAGGAAGAUGCAGUGGAGAUGCUGGCCAGCUACGGGCUGGCGUACUCCUUAAUGAAGUUCUUCACAGGGCCCAUGAGUGACUUCAAGAACGUGGGCCUGGUGUUUGUGAACAGCAAGCGGGACAGGACCAAAGCUGUCCUGUGCAUGGUGGUGGCCGGCGCCAUUGCUGCCGUCUUCCACACCCUCAUAGCAUAUAGUGACUUAGGCUACUAUAUCAUCAAUAAAUUGCACCAUGUGGAUGAGUCGGUGGGGAACAAAACAAGAAGGGCCUUCCUGUAUCUCGCUGCCUUCCCUUUUAUGGAUGCAAUGGCGUGGACCCAUGCUGGCAUUCUCUUAAAACACAAAUACAGUUUCCUGGUCGGAUGUGCCUCAAUCUCAGACGUCAUAGCUCAGGUCGUUUUCGUAGCCAUUCUACUUCACAGUCACCUGGAGUGCAGGGAGCCGCUGCUCAUCCCCAUCCUGUCCUUGUACAUGGGCGCCCUCGUGCGCUGCACCACCCUGUGUCUGGGCUACUACAAGAACAUCCACGACAUCAUCCCGGACAGGAGUGGACCGGAGCUGGGGGGAGAUGCAACAAUAAGAAAGAUGCUGAGUUUCUGGUGGCCUCUGGCGCUCAUCUUGGCCACACAGAGAAUCAGUAGGCCCAUUGUCAACCUCUUUGUUUCCCGGGACCUCGGUGGCAGUUCUGCAGCUACGGAGGCAGUGGCAAUUCUGACGGCCACAUACCCCGUGGGUCACAUGCCGUAUGGCUGGUUGACGGAAAUCCGUGCUGUCUACCCGGCUUUUGACAAGAAUAACCCCAGCAAUAAACUGGUGAGCACGAGCAACACUGUCACGGCAGCCCACAUCAAGAAGUUCACGUUCGUCUGCAUGGCCUUGUCGCUGACGCUCUGUUUUGUGAUGUUCUGGACUCCCAACGUUUCCGAGAAGAUUCUGAUAGACAUCAUCGGCGUGGACUUUGCCUUUGCAGAACUCUGCGUUGUUCCCUUGCGUAUCUUCUCCUUCUUCCCGGUUCCAGUCACCGUGAGGGCCCAUCUGACCGGGUGGCUGAUGACCCUGAAGAAGACCUUCGUCCUGGCGCCCAGCUCCGUGCUGCGGAUCAUUGUUCUCAUCACCAGCCUCGUGGUCCUGCCCUACCUGGGGGUACACGGAGCCACCCUGGGCGUGGGCUCCCUCCUCGCGGGGUUUGUGGGAGAAUCCACCAUGGUCGCCAUAGCAGCGUGCUACGUCUAUCGGAAACAGAAAAAGAAGAUGGAGAACGAUUCGGCCGCCGAGGGGGAGGACUCGGCGAUGACGGACAUACCUCCGGCGGAGGAGGGCACGGACAUCGUGGAGAUGCGGGAGGAGCAGGAAUGAGGCCGCCCCCCACCCCUCACCCCCUGGGCGGGCGCCGCAGGGACGGCCCAGGUGAUGCCCCAGCGCCGCCAUCUGCUCCUCCCCGACGUGUUUUCUUCCACUUUCUUUCUUUCUUUUUUUUUUUUUUCAUUUUUUGGUUUUUGUUUGGGUAACAAAAGAGGCCUUGAUCUAAAGGUUUCACAGACACUCUGGCAUACCGGGUGUGCCCACGCUCAUGAAGGGACCUGUGGAACGGUCUCACCACUGCUUUGUGGAAACAAAAGAACUGACUUCAUGCCCCCGCUUCGUGAAAACCCCAAGGACAUAGCCGCCUUGUAGUCGCCUCUCCCCCGCCCGUCCUCGGACAAUCUCCACUUGGAACCAAAGGACCGCGGCUGUGCCGUCCAGCGCCCCCUCGGCCACCACCGCCCGGCAGGCCGCAGGCUCACCCUGUCGCCUCACAUCGCUCAAGAAUCACCGGGGACAACUGGCUUCCGGGUCACGUGGCUGUGCCAAGGGCUGUGGCCGAGGCCUCGCACCGUGGCGUCUUGAACCGUCUGCCACACCCGGGCCGAGGGCGGGGUCCGCCCCCAGCCCAGGGUUGGCCGGCCGCGCUGAGGAAUGGGUGUGCAAACGCGCUGGACCGACGGCCGGCCGGAAAUAAUCUCCGGCGGGCAGGUUAGAGGCGCCCCGGGAGCAGCACACAGACAACACGCCAACGAUAGCAUUCCCCUGGCCGCUUCGUGGAUCUGCGUGUGCGCUCGCUGUCACACCAGCCGUGUACAUACGAGAGCUGCCUUGUCAAAGUUGUCCCAAAGCCUGUCCCCCAUCACCGCAUCCCUGGGCAUGAGUUUCCCCGAAGGCUUGUUUUUCACUCACCUUUCCUGAAGAUGGCACUAAAGCAAGGGAGAAGGAGCAUUCUAACUUCACAUUUAGUCUUUAUAAAGUGAACUGAAGCUUUAAGUCAUAAUCUAGCAUUCUAAUGCCAGAUUGCUAUGUCGUCGCUUUGGAAGUAGAAUUAUGACCUGGUCCUGCCAUUCUUAGUCCUAACCCUGGGGUACAGGUAAUUCCAAGUGUUCUGUACUCGCCACUCACGUCACAAGAAAGCAAGACAUUUUAUAAACGACAGCAAAGUCACUAUGUGAUAUUCCCUGAAAUGACACAUUUGAAAUCCAUUCAGUGCAGUAUAUUUUUCUAAGUUUUGGAAAGCGGGUUUUUUCUUUAAAAAAUUACGGACACGGUUCACUAAAUUCUUGAUUUAGUCAAAAUUCCUAGAUGGAAAGAACCUAAACACAAAAAUAUUUUAAAGAUAUAAAUAUAUACUGUAUAUGUUAUGUAAUUUAUUUUAGGCUAUAAUACAUUUCCUAUUUUCGCAUUUUCAAUAAAAUGUCUCUAAUACAAUACGGUGAUGGCCUGUGUGCUCAACAUACCUGCAGUGGAAACGUAUUGUAUUGAUGAACAGUGUGUCUUGUUUGGAGAGGUUUUACAGUCUGUCAUUUGUAUACAAAUGUAAGAGUCAGUCAGUGACAAGAUAACUAUUUUUCAUUAUGAGUAACAGGGGUGUAAAUGGGUCAGCUGAUGUAGACCAUAGUGGAAUCGAAAUAUACGCUCGCAGGGUAAAGAAGAAAAAGUCAAGCCUUUUGCGUUUAUUGCUUUCAGUGCCAUGUAAUCAUAUCAUUCCUCAUAGAAAAAAGAAUGUAAGGGCUCAGAGUCAGCCAUGAACAUUCACAGGGUUCGUUCACACGUCUGGACACCCAGUGACCACUGGGGGACAAACUCUCAUGGGCUUCCUCUGAGGGGUUUCUGCGCUUAGAAUUAAGACGCAUCGCUUUGAGGGUGGUUGCAGGGGGCAGAUCCGAGAAGACGGGGGGAAGAAUCUAAUUGUAUCGGCUUUUUUAAAAUACGUGACUAGAAAAUUAAACGGCAGUAUUUUUUAACA